AUGAAGUUCGCUCUGGCUUUAGUCUGUCUGAUCGCGCUGUGGUCGCUGGCGUGUGGUCAGAUGGCGCGAGUGUACUGCGGCCGGAGACUGGCGCAGACCCUGGCCGUGCUCUGCUCCGAGAUAGAAGAGGAAGGCGCGGUGAAGCGGUCUGAGGGCGCUCUCAGUGGUGCUGCGAUGUACGGCACUCGCGGCUGGCGCUGGGCGGCGCGGGGCGCGGCGCGUGGCAAGAGGGGAGUCGUCGAGGAGUGCUGCGACCAGCCCUGCACGCUCGACACGCUCUUCAGCUACUGCUAG